AUGGCCGUGUCAUUGCACACCCGGAGCGGAGUUUGGUUUCGCCCACUUUUCAAUUUCCACCGCCGUCCGCAUCAAGAUAUGCUUCAAAGCGCUCAAGUGAUCGUCCCGUCCGACCCGAACUCGAUCGUGACCGGCCGCGGCAAGUGUCUCAACUGCCACAAAAUCUACCUCAUUCAAGCCAGCGUUUGCUCGUCCAUGUACUGCUCCCUCGACUGCCAAAGCAACGCGUUGUACAUGGAAACAGUGCGCGGCCACGUCCAGAGCGCGAUGCCGGCGACGGACUCGGUCAAUGCGUGCUGAAUCGUCGUCGGUGCGCUGCCGGUUCCACCGACCCGGCUUGGUUGGCUUGGACACUGGUGGCAUCUUCGACCGAGCCAACGAACCAUCUUGUCGCCGUUCGUGCCGCGACGACCCCGUGGACAGUCGAGGCAUUGAUGCGGCUUGCCGCCAUGCACCAAAGCUCCUGUCUUUGUGCGCACGGCACGAGCCGGCCACCGACCAUGUUUUCUGUUGAGGAAGCGAGCUAGUCCCGCGCGUUGUAGUUGUUAUUCGUCGUGAAUGCAUAGGAUGUGUGUCGGUA